CCCGUCACGUGCAUCGGUAUGCAUCUAUUUUUAGAAUAUCAUAAUUUCCGAAGUUAAAUCGAAAGUAGUAUGCAAUUUUACUGAAAAGAAAAAAGAGAAGGUUAUUUUCAAUCAAAGUUAAACGGGAAAAACACCAGAUAAAGGAUUCUUCAAGUACAAAAAACACAACAAAAACACAACAAAAUGGGCUUGUUUCUAUCAAAGACAGACAACUUUAUUGAGAAAUGUGAGAAAGCAUUGAUGCAACUAGACACAGCUCUGUCUGGUCUUGCCUCAUCGGUCGACAAUGUUCAUGUGACAGUCCAGCUUCUUCUUAUCCAGCUUAAUGACUUAGAUUCAGUGUCUAAAAAUAUAGAGGGAAAGCAGAGGGCUGUAUGUUUGACUAAGGAAUUACUUGAGAACAUUGAGACCUCAUUAUACAAUCAGAAGUUUUCAUCAUUGCAAGGAGUAAGUUCGUUUAUGCAACUGAUCAGAGAAAAGCCGGAGUUUAAACCGUUUAUGCAACAAUUAAAAGGUAUACAAAAUUUAAGUAUAGAUAGAUAUCUUGCUGACUUUCAAAAGAAACAAAAGGUCAAGGGUCCUGAGAAAACAACAGUAGAAUCAGGAGACGAAUCAGGAUAUAGUGUGGAUCCCGAAUCAGAUGAUCUUGGAGAAGAAAUGAAAGAGUUAACGAACAUAAACGAUGAACUUCAGGUAGAUUUAGCAGUUUCAAAUAAAGAAAUUCAAGAAAGAGAUGCCACGAUUAAAGCUUUGCAAGAGGAAGUAGAAAUGCUGAAGGGCGAGUUGGAAAGUAAACAGCCCCAUAUUGAAAAAUUACCAGUUCAGUUAUAUCAUCAGAAAAGAGGGGAACUGAUAACUCAUAUUCGUGAAGAUCUGCUCAGCAAGUUAAAAACCUGUCUUGCACAAGAUAACAAAGAGCUGGAUGUGGUUACAUGCGAAACGUCUUACCAAAUUCAACCAGAUCAGCCGUUGCUUAUAUUAUGCACGAGUUCAUCGAGACUAGGAACAGACGCCUUGAAUGCUAUUCAGGGAGUUCUCCAGAAGGAGAACACAGUAUUGCUGAUAUUCCACCAUAAAGAUGUGCACGCUUUACCGAAUCAGACGAGUGAUCGAGUACUGACAGGGCCUGAGUUCAAGGCUCUUCGCGGCAUCUAUGACAUGGCAUUUCUUUCCGAUAAAGGGAUAUACGUUUGUAAUAUGAACUCACUUGCCAUUAAGUCGAUUAUUGACUUCAUUUGUUAUGUAUCAAAGGAAAAUUGUCUAGCUAAGAACCCUACUAAUGAUAAAAGGUCUACUGUACUGUCAAGAUAGGAUCGUGUGUACUGAUAUAAAAUUAUAAGAUAAAGAAGGGACAAGAGAUAAAAACAUCAAGUGCCGAUAGUUUAGCCUGGGAUUCAGUCGUUGAUAUUUUUUUGCUUAUUAAUAACAUACGCGCUAUUUCAUACUCGAUCGUCUUUUGAUAAUAUCAACGUCGAUUUGCCGAACAGAAGCACAUAAAGAAAUGGACAGAUUUGAACCCAGGCUACCGAUAGUUGUAAACGUCUAUGAUCACCUUAUAACAUGCAAACAUUCUAGUCAUUAAACAUUUUUGUUGGUUACGUAUUCUAACGGAAAACUCUGGUAAUUAGUUUCUAAACUGUAAGUUGACGACUUCGUGGGUAUUUGUCUGGAUACAACAACAUGUAUUGUUUUAAUAUUAUACUUCAUCAUUAUUUAAAGGUUUCAAACAUCCAGGUUUUCUUACAAAGUGAUGACACUUUUUUUUAUCAAUUAUCAUCUUUUAAAUCCUAUAAGCUAAUUGUGGGUUCCAUGUUACAGUAGUACUGUACGAAUAUGUUUCAAUGUAGAAGUUUAUUUUCCCUUUUUUCUUUUUAUAUGAGAGUUGUUUUAAGUGCGUUUACUGUAAAUAGUUAUAUUGGCUGAGAUAUUUAAGUAUCACUUUCAAUACAUUAUCAUGAUUAUAACAAUUUUCAAUAAACGUGUCUAAGA